AUGUAUUACACCAGACACAACGGGUUUCACCUUUGUACCUUGAAAGUUCUGUUUCCCCACUCGUCUGCUGUCACAGACAUGCUCUCUUUGACUUUACGGCAGACACUAAAGCCCCUCCUUCCCAGGGUUUUGGGAUGUUUGGGCCGAAAUCACCAGACCACCACUGGCUGGACAGGACAGGAGAGUCUGGCCCAGGAUGACCCAGAGAUGUGGAGCCUCUUGCAGCAGGAGAAGGACAGGCAGUGUCGGGGACUGGAGCUCAUUGCAUCGGAGAACUUUUGCAGCCGCGCAGCGCUGGAAGCCCAGGGAUCAUGUCUGAACAACAAAUACUCAGAGGGAUACCCAGGACAAAGGUAUUAUGGAGGAGCAGAGAUAGUGGACCAGAUUGAGCUGCUGUGUCAGAAACGAGCACUUGACACCUAUGGCCUGGACCCAAAUUUGUGGGGCGUCAACGUCCAGCCGUACUCCGGGUCCCCUGCCAACUUUGCUGCCUACACAUCUGUGCUGCAACCUCAUGAUCGCAUCAUGGGCUUGGAUCUGCCUGACGGAGGACACCUUACCCAUGGCUACAUGACAGACACCAAAAGAAUCUCAGCCACCUCCAUCUACUUUGAAUCAAUGCCUUACAAGCUGGAUCCCAAAACAGGUCUAAUAGAUUAUGAGCAGCUGGAGCGAACAGCCCGGCUGUUCAGACCAAGACUUAUCAUCGCAGGAACUAGCGCCUACGCUCGCCUCAUCGACUAUGCUCGCAUGAAGAAGCUCUGUGUUGAGCUGAACGCCUACCUGCUGGCAGACAUGGCUCACAUCAGUGGCCUGGUGGCAACAGGAGCUGUUCCAACGCCUUUCCACCAUGCGGACCUGGUCACCUCCACUACCCAUAAGUCACUGCGUGGAUCAAGGGCAGGUUUGAUCUUCUACCGCAAAGGUGUGCGCUCUGUGGAUAAGAAGGGUCGAGAGGUGAUCUAUGACCUUCAGGACAAGGUCAACUUUGCUGUGUUCCCUUCACUUCAGGGAGGACCCCACAACCAUGCCAUUGCUGGGGUGGCUGUUGCCCUGAAACAGGCUUCGACUCCCAUGUUCAAACAGUACAUCAGCCAAGUGCUGCUGAACGCCAAGUCCAUGGCUGACGCUCUGCUGAAGAAAGGCUACACACUGGUGUCAGGGGGAACAGACAACCACCUGGUCUUGGUUGAUCUUCGACCUCGCGGGAUGGAUGGUGCUCGUGCCGAGAGGGUCCUGGAGCUGGUUUCCAUCACUGCCAACAAGAACACCUGCCCAGGAGACAAGAGUGCCCUCACUCCAGGAGGACUCAGGCUUGGAACUCCGGCUCUGACCUCCCGACAGUUCAGUGAGGCAGACUUUGAGAAGGUUGUGGAGUUUAUUGAUGAAGGGAUUCAGAUCGCACUGGAUGUGAAGAUGAAGACUGGAAACUUGGCCAGCUUCAAGUCCUUCCUGCUGGAGGACCCUGUGACUGUGUCACGCAUAGCAGAGCUCCGCCAGCGGGUGGAGCUAUUUGCCAGGCCCUUCCCCAUGCCAGGAUUCACUGACCACUGACAACAUUAAUGAGAGAAAGGCCGUUUCCCUGUUGCUUCAUGAACACCAUGGAUCCAGAAGACCUCCUCUUAUGUGACCAUUUCUGCACACAGUCACAUCACAUCACUGUACCAACUCAUGACAUUACAUCUGCAAUAUAACAUGAAAGAUCUAAUGUGAUGUGAAAGAUUAAUGAUAAAUAAAAUGCCACGUGAUCUAGCUAAUGUGUUAAGGCUGGUCAUGAUAACACUGAUGUUGUGCUCAAAAGAGAAAGGUGAUGCUAUUACUACUACUAGUAUUACAACUAAUUUCAAUAUAAAUGAUUCAUAAUGAUAUAAUAAUGCAGAACUGGUUAUUUCUUUUUUGUAUUGUAUGUAUUGUUUUGAUGUACUUAUCAACAACCAUAUCUCAUGCUGUUGAGAAAAGAAGGAUUUUAUGACAAGUUUGUGAACAGUAGCAUAUUAAUCUACAUAUAGCUACAUUAUAAUGUGUUAUAUAUAAUCUACAGUGGGUUAUCACAUUAGCAGGUUCAAUUGCAAUAGUAUCUAAUUUAUUACAAGACGGCACUUUUUAGAAAUUGUAUUUUACUCUACUUUAUAUGGGAACAUUUUGAUUGGUUCAGGAGAGAAAUGACAAGGGUCUAAGAAAGAGUUAAAAAAAUUGUUGUAGAGCACUGUAGGUUCAUUAAUUGUCAGUUUUCAUGCAGGAAAGCUAAGAUGGAGCUUAAGUCAACUUAAGUGUUUGGCCUUUUGCCACUUAACUCUUUCAAGAGCCCUCUUCACUGUCAGGCUUUGUCCCAGGUCCUGGGAAACUCAGAGCAGCUGUGUUGGGAAUUGAACACAUGCUCAGUUUAUACCCACAAAACAGGAAAUAGUUAAGCAAAACAAACAUUGGCAAAAUGAGUUUUUCCUAUAUAACAUUACCUUUAAUGUAGCUUGUUAUUGUGAAUGAUUUUCCACUGUAUGUCAAAUCUCUUGGUUGCUAUAAAAAAACUAGAGCCAAAUUAUAUUUAUGAAAGUUUGUUGAAUUCUCAAGCUCAUUGUUAUGAUUUACACCGGUCUCGUUUCAUAGAGAUGGUUUGUGUUUACGGGCAAGUCAAAGGAAGUAGAAGACUCCUCUGAUUCUACAAACACUGAUCUUUGUUAAGCUGCUGGUAUUUCCUCUGUUCAUUUUCUCUCACUGUUGACUUCAGGAACAGGAUUAAAAAUAAAAAUAAAACUUGAUCUUUGUCAGAGACACAGAUCUGACAGGAAGAUAGUUGGAGCCAAACCAGCCAACCAA